AUGGCUUCAACCACCAAGCCCGUCAUCCCGCCUGUGGCGCUGGAUACCAUCACCCAGCACAUUGGCAACACUCCCCUCGUGCGCCUGAACCGCCUGCCUAGCAGCUUGGGAAUUGACGCUACCGUGUACGCCAAGUUGGAAUAUUUCAAUGCUGGAGGCAGUGUCAAGGACCGUAUUGCGCUCCGCAUGAUUGAAGAAGCCGAGCGCGAGGGUCGCAUUAAGCCCGGUGAUACCCUCAUCGAGCCCACCAGUGGCAACACUGGUAUUGGUCUGGCGCUGGUCGGUGCUGUGAAGGGCUACAAGACCAUCAUCACUCUUCCAGAGAAGAUGUCCGCCGAGAAGGUCUCUGUGCUUCGUGCUCUUAACGCAACCAUUAUUCGGACCCCCAACGAGGCGGCCUGGGACUCCCCCGAGUCUCACAUCGGUGUCGCUCGACGCCUGGAAAAGGAAUUGCCCAAUGCCCACAUUCUUGAUCAGUACGGCAACGUGAACAACCCCCGAGCUCACGAAUUCGGCACCGCCGAGGAGAUUUGGGCCCAGACCAACGGUCGCAUCAACGCCGUCGUGGCUGGCGCCGGUACCGGUGGUACCAUCACCGGUAUCGCCCGCGGCCUCAAGAAGCACAACCCCAACAUUGAAGUGAUCGCCGCCGAUCCUCACGGUUCCAUUCUGGCUCUGCCCACUUCGCUCAACGACCCCCAUGUCAACGAGCCCUACAAGGUUGAGGGUAUCGGUUACGACUUCAUUCCAGACGUGCUCGACCAAAAGAUUGUUGAUCGCUGGUACAAGACAGCCGACAAGGAGUCUUUCAUGUACUCUCGUCGCCUGAUUGCCGAGGAAGGUCUCUUGGUCGGUGGCAGCUGUGGUAGUGCCAUGGCUGCUCUGGUCCACGCCAACAAUGAACGCAAGUUCUCCAAGGAUGAUGUGGUUGUUGUUGUGCUCCCUGACAGCAUUCGCAGCUAUCUCUCCAAGUUUGCUGAUGACGACUGGCUCGCUGCCAAUGACCUCCUGCCCACCCCCACCGAGCCCAUCCCUGAGAAAGCCCCGGCUGCCGCGGAUCCCUUGGCGGGUGCAAAGGUCAGCGAUCUCCGCCUGAAGCCCAUCACCACCGUCACCUCUACCUUCACCUGCGAGGCUGCAAAUGAAAUCAUGCGUGACAAGGGCUUCGACCAGCUGCCGGUGCUUGCUCCCUCCGGUCGCCGACUCGUGGGUCUGGUCACCCUGGGUAAUGUUCUCAGCCGUCUCACCCACGGCCGUGCCACGGGCAAGACCCCUGUCUCCGAGGUCAUGUUUGAUUUCUCCAAGAUCCCCGAGGUUGUCACCGACUCUCGCGCGCUUGGUCGCUCAAACGGCCACGGAAGCCGCCGCCAGUUUAUGGAGAUCACCAUGGACACUCCUCUCAGUGUGUUGAACCGCUUCUUCGAGUGGAACAGUGCUGCAAUCGUCACCGAGAAGGGCGAGGGUGGCGCGCUCAAGCCCCUGGCCGUUGUGACCAAGAUCGACCUGCUUACCUGGAUGCUGCACCACGGCAAGAAGCACACCACCGACGCAUAA